AUGUCAGUCAUACUCAGAAGACUCGUCCACAAUGAGGCGAUGCGCGAGGACCCUAAAGAAAUUUAUGGAUGGAGAGUGUACAUGCUCGCCUGUUCGGCUUGCUGCGGCGGCAUGCUGUUCGGAAUGGAGACCGGUAUCAUAGGAGGUGUCCUUACGAUGGACCCUUUCCAAGUAAAAUACGGAUUAAAGAACCUUGGAGAUGUAGGAGAGGCCAAUCUCUCCGCUAAUAUUGUAUCCACACUACAGGCAGGGUGUUUCUUUGGCGCCCUCAUCGCCUCCCCAGUAGCAGACAAAUGGGGCCGAAAGAUAGGGUUAAUAGCCGCGUCGCUAAUUGCUAUCGUUGGCGUUAUUAUGCAAGUUGCAGCAAGCGGACACCUGGAAGCCAUGUACAUCGGACGUCUAAUCAACGGUUUCGGCGUCGGCUUUGCCUCAAUGAUAAAUCCUCUCUAUGUCUCCGAAAACGCCCCUAGAGCCAUUCGCGGUGGUCUAACAGGCCUCUACCAACUGUUCAUCACAAUGGGAAUUAUGCUCGCCUUCUGGAUCAACUACGGCUCUACCCUUCACAUCAAGGGCACGGCGCAAUACAUGGUUCCACUUGCCAUGCAGGCCCUCCCCGCCCUUCUUCUGCUUGGGGGUAUGCUCCUAUGCAACGAAUCCCCCCGCUGGCUCGCAAAGCAAGACCGCUGGGAAGACGCUCGAAAGACUCUCUCCCGCGUGCGCAACCUCCCCCCAACACAUCAGUACGUCGAGAACGAGUUCCAAGAUAUCGUCAACCAACUCGAGCACGAGCGCCAACUCAUCGGUGGCUCCGGCUUCUGGGACCUUAUGAGAGAGAUGUGGCUCAUCCCAGGCAACCGAAAACGAGUAAUGAUCAGCAUCUUUCUCAUGGUCUGUCAGCAAAUGACUGGCACGAACGCCAUUAACUACUAUGCACCACAGAUCUUCAAAAAUCUGGGCAUCACCGGCAGCACGACAGGCCUAUUCGCCACAGGAGUGUACGGAAUCGUAAAGAUGGUGGCAUGUGCCGUCUUCCUAGUCUUCGUUGCUGAUUCUCUGGGCCGUCGACGUUCUCUCCUCUGGACCUCUGUCGCUCAGGGUCUAGCAAUGCUCUACAUUGGGUUAUACGUCCGUAUCGCGCCCCCGGUGGAAGGCCAGCCCGUCAUCCCCGCCGGCUAUGUCGCUCUCGUCUGUAUUUUCCUCUUUGCUGCAACCUUUCAGUUCGGCUGGGGUCCCGUCUGCUGGAUCUAUGUCUCUGAGAUUCCAACUGCCCGACUGAGAAGUUUGAACGUCGCCUUCGCUGCCGCGACUCAGUGGCUGUUCAACUUUGUCGUUUCUCGAGCUGUUCCCAAUAUGCUGGCGACCGUUGGUGCUAAUGGUUACGGGUUAGUUUUCAUUUCCAUUCCGACAUACAUCAUUUUCGCCUGUUUCUGUUUCUCGAUGGGCGUCUGGGUUUGGUUCUUUAUUCCCGAUACCAAAGGCCUCUCACUGGAGAAAAUGGAUGAGCUUUUCGGUGCCACUAGUAGUGCUACUCAUCUGAAGACUGAAGAUGUAGAGAGGAGUGCGUCCCAGGUGGAGGGUGACCACAAAGAUGAGGCUGCUACAGAGACUAGGGUGGAAAGGGUGUAA